GUAUGUUUCCGCGCGCGCUGAAACCACAGCGCGUUUGCUCUCUUUUCUCAGCUUGCGAUCUGCUCGCGCUCGGACAGUGUAAACCGAGUCUUCGGGUGUUUGAGUGAGUGAGAGAGAGAGAGAGAGAGAAGGAGAAGACAAACAAACAAACAAGCUGGAGUGUUAUAGUUUGCAAGGUGACAAAUAAAAACUGGAGGAGAUUUAGGAGCAAGAAGAAGAAAAAGAAGAAGAAAGAGAAGAAGAACAGGGAGACGGUUUCUUGUUUGUCCGUUAACUCGGGUCAGCCACCAUACAGGAAGUGGGUAUUUUGGAGAGAAUGAGGCUUGGGCAGCAAUUCUCCAUCCAGUCCUUGGGGAUCAUCAGCCACUUCACAUCUGUAUUUAUCUCCCUCCAGCUCCGAGCACAACACUAGCGCAACGCUAGCACGGCCAUUUACACCCUGCAGCUAGUCAUUACCUGUUUCAGGUCGUGAGCUCACUGUUCAGUUCUGAAGAACCUGGAACUCACAAACAAACAAACAACAACAAAAGAAACACACACUGUAACUGCAGGGUGAGCGCCUGAUUUGUAUGGAUUUUCUUUUCUUGAGUCCUGGAGGUAUCCGUGACAACCGUCCCAACUUUCCUUGGACCCUUUACCGUUCCCACCUCGGACCUCCGUCGUCCGGAUCUGUCCGUCGAUGAGAAAGAUGAGAUCCGUCAUCUCGUGAAGAGGAAUGAAGAACGUGCGGCGUUGGACAGAAUGCCUCGUGAUCUGCAGCAGAACGUGCUAGACGUACACGCAGUCUCUAUGGCCGUAUUCGCAUAGCGCACCUCGUGUUGAACUGGGGCUAGGUGUUUGCUGCGCUGUGAUUGGUCAGGAUGCCAGCGAAAGGGAAGUACCUGCUGAAUGAGCAGAAGCUGAAACAGGAAGCACUGUACAGGAAGUUCUCGUGCAACAGACAGUAUCGGCCUCUGGUUUUGCUGCUCGGUCUGAGCGUGGUGACGUGUGCUGCGCUGCUGCUGCUGUUUUUCAGCCUGGGACUGUAUGUGGACAGCCAUGCAGCAUUUUUGGGAGUGGUUAUCGGUGCACUGCUUGUGUUCCUGGCUGCGUUUGUGUUCCUGGCUGUGUUUGUGUUUGUCUGUGCCGAGGCUCUCACUCAGAAAUGGAUCACGCUGUUGGGUUUGGUGUUGUGGGCGACAUACCUCACCAUGGGGUUCACCUUUGUUUACUCCACGGAGAAAAUUCUUCCAUGGGACCAGGUGCCCUUUUUCCUCUUCAUCAUCAUCACGGUGUUCACAUUAUUCCCCUUCCAGAUGUGGUUCGCCGUCACUCUGAGCAUUAUCUCCUCCCUCUCUCACAUUAUUUUGCUGUCCGUGCACUUCACCUUAUACAAGUCUGUCGUGGGUCCUAACCUGGUCUAUCAGCUCUUGUCGAACGCGGUGGUGUUUGUGUGUGGGGUUGCAGUGGGAGCGUUUCAUAAGGUUCUUAAGGAGAAAGCUCUCAGGCAAACUUUCCAGGACACACUGCGCUGCCUCGGCAUCCGCAUGAAACUGGAGCUCGAGAAGAGGCAGCAGGAGAAUCUGUUACAGUCAGUAUUGCCCGUGUAUAUUUCGAUGGAGAUGAAGCUGGCCAUAAUGGAGCGCUGUAAAUGCAAAGAUAAGGAGGCACACCAGCGGAUGGUCAAAGACAAUAACUUUCACUGUCUGUAUGUCAAGAGGCACGAGAACGUCAGCAUUCUUUACGCAGACAUUGUCGGUUUCACUCGUUUAGCCAGCGACUGUUCCCCCAAAGAGUUGGUGAUCAUGCUGAAUGAACUCUUUGGGAAAUUUGACCAGAUUGCCAAAGAGAAUGAGUGUAUGAGGAUAAAGAUCCUGGGCGAUUGUUAUUACUGUGUGUCCGGACUACCUGUCUCCUUACCGAGACAUGCCAAAAACUGUGUCAAAAUGGGUUUGGACAUGUGUGAGGCUAUUAAGCUGGUUCGGGAGGCGACAGGAGUGGAUAUUAACAUGCGUGUGGGCGUGCACUCUGGAAACGUGCUCUGUGGGGUGAUUGGUCUGCGCAAAUGGCAGUUUGAUGUCUGGUCACAUGAUGUCACCUUGGCCAAUCACAUGGAGUCCGGAGGGUUGCCUGGUCGGGUGCACAUCACCGAGGCCACUCUGAAGCAUCUGAAUAAAGCGUAUGAGGUGGAGGAAGGAAACGGCCACCUUAGAGACGCUUACCUGAAAGAGCUCAACGUCAAGACUUACCUGGUUAUAGACCCCCGGUCUAAGGACCCGUCCCUGAGCAGCCGUAGCGUUCCUAAGCAGCGUGCGAGUGACGGUUUAAAGAUGCGAGCAUCAGUGAGAAUGACGCGCUACCUGGAAUCAUGGGGCGCCGUGAAACCCUUCUCCCAUCUCCAGAGCAGAGAGGGCUUCAUGACGGAUCCUAUGGUGAACUGCAAGAACCGUUUCAAGGACAUCCCCAUGAGACCAGUACCCUUAAAAGUGACAGAAAGCUUUGAUGAGUCACUUGAGGAGUCUUUGUCCUUUCCUGCCCCUCCCUUCAGCGUGAAUAAGAAUAAAUCCCAGAAGACCAAGUUUGAUGAGCAGCUACACAAUGAGAUGAUCACCACCAUCGAUGAGCUGAGCUCUAGCAAGCAGUGGGUGAAGUCAGAGGAGAUCUCUGGCAUCAUGCUGUGGUUCACUAAACGUGGGCUGGAGAAAGAGUACAGGAUGAUAGAAAUGCCCAUUUUUAAGUACUACAUCAUCUGUGCCACCUUCCUCUUCCUGUGUAUCUUCAUCAUUCAGAUGUUCGUCACCAAACUACCUACGCAGCUGGCACUGAUGUUUGCAUUGUUGGCGUGUGUGUUACUGCUGACCCUCGCCAUCUGCUUCGCCGGUCACAUUCAGAAACUGUUUCCUGAGAAGUUAGACUCCUGCCAGUGGUUACCGGCUGUGUCCAAGGCCGUGGUCAAGAAGCCUUUGGUGCGUCUACUGCUAGCAACUGUCGCUACCACAGUCAUCGUUAUCAUUGCCCUGUUUGACCUGCGUUUACCCAGCGACGAUCUGCACUCUGGUGUUUACUCUGUUUCGGACAAUAAAAGCAGCAUAAAUGAACCUCCCUUCUGCUUGCCUUACUCGGUAUAUAGAUGUAUCCUGACGUUUCUGGUGUGUGGAGUGUUUGUGAGAGUGAGCUUCGAGCUGAAGAUGGUCUUUCUCGUCAUCGCUUCAGUCAUUUAUUACAUCAUCAUAGGCUGGACCCAGCACGAUCUGUUCAACAAAUACAGCUGCUUGCUUUAUGGAAAUUCCAGCAGUUGCAGUACCGAAGAACUCGAACAUGCACUGAUGAGCGCCGGGCUGAUGAAACAUCCGCAGAUCAUGAGCUGCAUCUACAUCACACUCUUCCUGCUUACAAUGCUGCUUAUAUCACAUCAGGACGAGUUCUGCUGCCGUCAGGAAUUCCUGCUUAAAAACAAGAACCGAAUGGACAAGGACGAGAUCGAGCUGUGUGAGAACUUGACACGGCUGCUGCUGGAAAACGUUCUCCCGGCUCACGUGGCCGCGCUGUUCGUGGGCGAGAACAAAAAGAACGAGGAUCUGUACUACAAGUCGUACGAUUGCGUGUGUGUGAUGUUUGCUUCAGUCCCUGACUUUAAGGAGUUCUACACCGAGUGUGACAUUAACAAAGAGGGACUGGAGUGUCUGCGUCUGCUCAAUGAGAUCAUCGCUGACUUCGAUGAGUUGCUGUCUAAGCCUAAGUUCAGCGGCGUAGAGAAGAUUAAGACUAUCGGCAGCACGUACAUGGCUGCUGCAGGUCUCAGCGGGACGCCAGGACAGGAGAUGAACCAGGACCGCGAGCGGCAGCCGGCACAGAUCGGCAUCAUGGUGGAGUUCGCCAUCGCUCUGGUGGGAAAGCUGGACGGCAUCAACCGGCAUUCGUUUAACAAUUUUAGACUGCGUGUGGGAAUAAACCACGGGCCAGUGAUAGCAGGGGUGAUCGGAGCACGCAAGCCGCAAUACGACAUCUGGGGAAACACUGUGAACGUAGCCAGCCGAAUGGAGAGCACCGGAGAACUGGGCAGGAUCCAGGUGACGGAAGAGACGUCGGAUGUGCUGCAGAUGCUGGGUUACUCGUGCGAGUGCCGAGGUCUGAUCAACGUGAAGGGCAAAGGGGAACUCAAGACGUUUUUUGUAUGUACAGAUUCUAACAAGCAGCAAGGAAUGGGGCUCAGCUGAAAGUACUGCUAAUGUACACACACACACACACAGAAGGCUGGAUAGGAAGAGUUUUCCUUUUUUAUGGUAUUUCUUGGAAUGUGUUUUUUUUUUCUUUCUAUGUUGUUAUACAAGUCUGAGAGAACUUCCAAAUGUUAGACUGGGACAGAAGCCUAAAACCCCGACCUUUGAACAAAUAUACGUUUUACAAACUGGACGCGACUGAGCGUUCCCACCUCAUGCUGGAGAGUGUGUUUGGGAUUUUGUUUUCCGCCGACCUUAAACUUCGUAUGCACUGUUCCGAUCCUUAAAAACUGUAAAGGCAACAGACAGAGCUAACAGAAGAGGAACUUGUGAAUUGAAUUCUGCUGAUCGUCACCGUAUGUCUUCGCCUUACACCUGACAUCUCUAACAAACGAAGGGACCUGCACAGUAAACCAUGAAGAGGAUGUGAUAUUAUUAUUAUUAUUGUAUUAAUAUUUUUUAUUUACUAGGAUAUGAUGUGAAGCUUUUGGAAGAACAGUAAUCUUUUUUUUUUCUGAAGCUGUGGAUAGACUUGCUGCUUAAUGACUCAAAACUGUUUAAAAAAAAAAAAAACAAUUCAGUUUCCGUCUGUCAUUUUAUGUUGGUCCAAACUUAAUAGGCAUCAAUGUUAAAUAAUUUAAGAUGAAGCAAAAAAAAAAAAAAAAAAAAGUCAGGAAAGACUGUAAGGGAAGUAUUUCUGAAACUUUUCUCUUAACGCACAUUGCCUGCCAUUAUGACUCCAUGUUCUUGUUGCACUUAUUCCUGUUAUCUCUGAGCUGCAUCUGCUUCUCUCUCUUAAUGCAACGAUGUGAAAAUCAGUAAGAGGAAGAAAAGGAAAAAAAAAAAAAGAUGAGAUCGGUAUAGGUAAAAAAUUAUUCCGGGUGUACUGUAACAUUGAACUGAACUGAAUCUAACAUCUUUUGUCAUGUUAAAUUUCAGUAUAAAAUGUUUGAAUUAAACCUGCUGUACAGAAUCGGUCUAGAAUUAAAAAGUUUGUACACAUUUAAAGCAUAA